AUGAGUGAGUCGCCAAAUCUACCAGCUCCGACCGAUCAAGCUGAUGCUCAAGCACCAUUAGGUCCCGAUAUUUGGGAACCUUAUAUUGAUCAAGUCAACGAUCGUGAUUCGUGGAAAUACUAUGACCUUGAACAUCCGCAGUAUGUUGAGCUUGGAGUAAUACAACCAAUAAAUGCCGAAAACAACGUAAAUCACAAUUUGGUUCCACCUGAGCGAGAAGCUCAUGAUCUCUACGAACUGUUCGACUCUCAUCGUUCAACCGAUUGUGACGUGGCCGCCUUGUACCGCGAGGCAUUCGUAUUGGCGGAAGACAUCAAUGACCCAAAUCUGGAGGUGUCGUUUGAUUUGUGUGCACCGAAGCGAAAACGUACCGAGGAGACCGAUGAUGAAGACGACAACGGGGAUAACAACGAGAAAAAACCGCGUGUAGAAGAAUUGCAAAGUAGUUCGGCAGAGUUGUACUUGAAAAUUGCUCCCGUAAUUGAGCAACACCGCUUCUUUCAGGCAGAAUAA